CGUUUGUAGAAAAGAACGAAGAUGUCAGGUCGUGGUAAAGGAGGCAAAGGUCUUGGAAAGGGUGGCGCAAAACGCCAUCGUAAGGUAUUGCGAGACAAUAUUCAAGGUAUUACAAAGCCUGCUAUUCGUCGUUUGGCUCGUCGAGGUGGAGUAAAGCGAAUUUCUGGUUUGAUCUACGAAGAAACCCGCGGAGUGCUGAAAGUCUUCUUGGAGAAUGUUAUUCGUGAUGCCGUCACUUAUACUGAGCAUGCAAAGAGAAAGACCGUGACCGCCAUGGAUGUUGUAUACGCUUUGAAGAGGCAGGGUCGUACUCUUUAUGGCUUUGGAGGUUAAUUACUCAAAUCGGUAUACAGACAAAAAAAAAAAAUAUC